AAAUUCGAGCUGCACGGAGGGUUGAGUGUGUUCGGGAUCUGUUUGCAUAACCGUCACGGCCGUUUCCUAUCCGCAUGUUGUCUUCCAGUCGACCCUGUAAGUACAUACUGUGUGUCCGAUGGAGGGCAUACGAGGUCGAGCGAGGAUGAAAGGUGUUGCGUCGUCUUGUGUUUACUAUUUGCCUCCUGCGUUCCUAUUCAAUGUGUUUUUUGUGUCAAUGUGCUUCGGUUUCCUUUCGUGUCUCAUGCUUUAUUCCUUGUUCUGUUUCUUUUUAUCUCUUUCAUUUGUGACCGAAAAAGGUAGCAUGGUGCUUUUCGACUGCCCGAUUUCCUACAUUUUGCGGCUGGGUUGGCUGCAGAUCCUGGCCGCAGUCAGGGACACUCCUGCUGUGUUGGAGCUUGUUUCAUUCUUUUUUGUUACUCCGGACGGCGGUUGGUUGAUCUGCCUGGAUGCACACCCCUGGUCAGCCCCCAGAUGUUCCAUACGUCGGUUAUGUACUUGUUCUAUCCAUUAUGCCGCAUGCAUUUUCUUCUUGUAUCUGGUCCUGGAGCCUGGAGGCCAGGGAGGCCGAUUGAAAACCCCCUGCAUCAGGCCUGGUGGAAGUCGUCACUUAUGGGAAGCCACGGAAUCCAAAAGCUAGAAUAUAGACAGCCAGUGAUUCGGAGUUGAAC